AUGACACAAAGUUUUGGUCAGAAAGCUGCCAGAGUUCAGCAGCGUCUCCUCUCUCUGGUGAUGGAGACCUUGGAGGGAACAGAACUCUGCUUCCCACAACUCCUCAACACCUCCUGCAGGAAGCCAAUGCGUCCUCACUUUGAGUCCAUGCUGAUUUACAUUCUGCUGUCUUCCAUCUCUCUGCUCACUGUGACUCUUAACCUGCUGGUCAUCAUCUCUAUCUCCCACUUCAGGUGCAAGUUGAACACCAUGUGCAUUGUGAUCGGUUCCACUGUCAUUGAUUUCAUUGGCAGAGUUCACUCUGUCCCGGACCGGUGUGAGUACACUCCGAUUGAGCCAUCAUCAUCGAUUCCAGGCUUCCGGGUGCUGGGGUUUUUCCAGAAAAGACAGCGUAAAGAUGUUAGGUUUUUGGACCAUGUGAUACUGCAGGUGGACAGGGCCGGUGUUCAGAUUUCCCUGGAACAAGGAGGCAGAGUUCAGCUGAAUGACAAAAUGCUGAUGCUUAACGCCACAGCUCAGGUGGUCCACGGUGUGGCGCUCUCCAGGGACAAGACAGGAAUGACUGAUAAGAUAUCUGCCUCCAACUACAUGGUUUCUGUCCUCUUUGGCUACACCACACUAAUCCACAUGACAGAAAGCUGCCAGAUCUCAGCAGCUCCUCCUCUCUCUCUAAUGAUGGAGGGAUUUGAACUGUGCUUUCCACAGCUUAACUCCUCCUGCAGGAAGCCAAAGCAUUCUAAUUCUGAAACUGUGUUUAUUUACAUCGGGCUGUCCUUCAUCGCUCUGCUCACUGUGACUCUUAACUUGCUGGUCAUUAUCUCCAUCUCCCACUUCAGGCAGCUCCAAACCCCCACCAACCUCCUCCUACUCUCACUGGCUGUCUCAGAUUUCUUUGUGGGUCUCCUCGUGUUUUUUCAAAUUAUACUCAUAGACGGCUGCUGGUUCCUCAGUGACUUCAUGUGUGUUGUGUAUUUGGAUCUUUCAUACAUUAUUACCUCUGCAUCAGUAGGAAACAUGGUGCUCAUAUCAGUUGACCGAUAUGUGGCUAUUUGUGAUCCUCUGCAUUACUCAAACAUAGUCACUGUGAGAAGAGUUACAAUCUGUAUUUGCCUUUGUUGGAUCUGUUCUGUUCUGUACAACAGUCUCAUAUUGAAGGAUAACUUGAAACAUCCAGGCAUGUAUAAUUCCUGCUCAGGAGAGUGUGUGGUUGUCAUUAGUUACAUAGCAGGAGUGGCUGACCUUAUUUUUACAUUUACAGUUCCUGUCACUGUUAUCAUAGUUCUGUAUAUGAGAGUGUUUGUAGUGGCUGUGUCUCAGGCUCGUGCCAUGCGCUCUCAUAUUGCAGCUGUCACACUUCAGUUUUCAUUCAAAGUAACUGCUAAGAAAUCCGAGAUGAAAGCAGCAAGGACUCUCGGUGUUGUUGUAGUUGUGUUUCUAAUAUGUCUCUGCCCAUAUUACUGUACCGUCCUUACAGGCCAGGAUAACUUGGUCAAUGCUUCAUCUGCUGUCUUAGUGAUAUGUCUGUCAUAUUUCAACUCCUGUCUAAACCCUGUGAUCUAUGCCUUUUUCUAUCCCUGGUUUAGAAAAUCUAUUAAAGUCAUUGUUACUCUUCAAAUAUUGAAUCCUGGCUCCUGUGAAACCAACAUGCUGUAA